CUGGCGGAAGGGGAAGUGGGGGCAGGCGGCGGUGGGGAAGAUGGCGUACCAGAGUCUACGGCUGGAGUACCUGCAGAUCCCACCGGUCAGCCGCGCUUACACCACCGCCUGCGUCCUCACCACCGCCGCUGUGCAGUUGGAAUUGAUCACACCUUUUCAGUUGUACUUCAAUCCUGAAUUAAUCUUUAAGCAUUUUCAAAUAUGGCGAUUAAUCACCAAUUUCUUAUUUUUCGGGCCAGUUGGAUUCAAUUUUUUAUUUAACAUGAUUUUUCUAUACCGUUACUGUCGAAUGCUAGAAGAAGGCUCUUUCCGAGGUCGGACAGCAGACUUUGUAUUUAUGUUCCUUUUUGGUGGAUUCUUAAUGACUCUUUUUGGAUUGUUUGUGAGUUUAGUUUUCCUGGGUCAGGCCUUUACAAUAAUGCUUGUCUACGUGUGGAGCCGAAGGAACCCCUACGUCCGCAUGAACUUCUUCGGCCUGCUCAACUUCCAGGCCCCCUUUCUGCCCUGGGUGCUCAUGGGCUUUUCCUUGUUAUUAGGGAACUCCAUCAUCGUGGACCUCUUGGGUAUUGCAGUUGGACACAUAUAUUUUUUCUUGGAAGAUGUAUUUCCCAAUCAGCCUGGUGGAAUAAGAAUUCUGAAAACACCAUCUGUUCUGAAGGCUAUUUUUGACACACCAGAUGAAGAUCCAAAUUACAACCCACUACCUGAAGAUCGGCCAGGAGGCUUUGCCUGGGGCGAGGGCCAGCGCCUUGGCGGCUAAGGCGGCAGUGCCAGCAAUGAGACCCAUCUGGGAAAGACUCGAGUGAAAACCCCACUGGGAUUGUUUUACUCUCUGUGUUGCAAAAGUGUGGACACUUUUGACAGCUUUACAGAUUUUAAUUCAAGAAGCACUUUAUGAAAUGGUACACUGAUUAAUCCAGAAGACCUUUCCAGUGGUUUGCCAGUGGUUCCUCACUACACUCGUACAGAAAGUGUAAUCUCUUCGAGCCACAAAACUGGAGAAACAAGUACCCUGCUGCCUCUAACUAACAAGUACAUGAAUGCUUGAGUUCUGUGGCGUAAGGCGGGGUUUUUUCUUCCUCUUCUUUGAUAGAUGAGGCCGUGGUGUAAAUGGAAGUUUCAGAGAGGACAAAAUAAAACUGAAUCCCAUCUCUCUCUCACUGUAUUAAA